CUCAGCCAGGCAGGGGGAGUCUCUGGCGGACGGAGGCCGGGGCUCUUGGGCGGGCUCCCGGCCGCAGGGGGCGCUCAGCCCGCCUCGCUUGGAAAACAGUCACACAUCGACCCACCACCGAGCUGCGGCUGCCGUCUGUUCCCCGGACGGACGAUCCAUGGUUCCCGCCGGCGCUUGUAGCCGCUUGGCCCUCAGCGUCCUGCUCCUACUGGCCGGCGCUUCAGGUGAAUAUUGUAGGGCAUACACAGAUUCUGAUGGACGCAUGUAUUCUGAAAAAUCCUGCCCACAGUUCUGCUGUGGAAACUGCAUCAGCCGAUAUUGCUGCUUGGAUAGGUCAUAUAAAUUUGGAGAAGAUGAACAAUUUAUGUGUAAUGUGCUGGACGACAGGACAUAUCAACCCAUCAAGGAAGAAACGUUGAAGUUGCGUUCACACUUCGAUGAUGACUGGGAACCUAGACCCAGUUUUGGGACCUUUGUUGCUAUAGGGGUCACCCUCUUUGUGGUGUUCGUAGUCACUGUCAUUCUGUGCUUCACCUGUUCAUGCUGCUGCUUGUAUAAAACGUGUCGGAGGCCACGGCCUGUUGUGACCACCACAACUUCCACGACAGUGGUCCAUGCACCAUAUCCCCAGCAGCCCGGGAUACCACCUGGUUACCCAGUGGCACCCUAUCAAGGAUAUCAUCCUGUACCAGUCCAGCCACAACAUGGGAUGCCAGCAGCACCCUACCCAACACAGUAUCCUCCACCUUAUCCAACGCAAGUUUCAGGACCACCAGCCUACCAUGAGACAGUGGCAGCUGGUGCUGGAGUGCCCUACCCAGUCAAUCAACCCCCCUACAAUCCUGCUUACAUGGACCCUCAGAAGCCCAUCUAUUGAAUGGAUUUUCUAUUAUGCCUCUGUGCAUAACUUUUUUGUAAAGUAUAACAUGCUGUUUACACCAUACAGCUGUAGCACAUUUUCUUAAAAUGCAGCAGUCCCUCGUCUCUCUGUAAAGAGAGAAAUCUAAAUCAGUAGCUUUUUAAAAUACACUGAGCUCAGCAAGCAAAAGAAUUUAUCACUUGAAGUUCACUCCAUACCUCAAGCAAAUACAAUAGGAGAACUUGUUCAAAUUCCAGUGACAAAAGGGUGAAAAGGGAAUAGUUCAGAUACAAGAAGCAUGGUAAUGUGUAUUGUGCAAUAAUUUGAAGGGUGUUCGAAAAGAAUGAUCAGAAAUAAGUUAAACAGUCGUAAGCACCCAAAGCUGUAGCAUUCAUCUGCAUAUUAUUAAAAUAUAAACCUAAUUGUCAGAAAACUUUACUAAAAUUUGAUCUUCCUGUUUUCAAGUUAACAUGAUGAAUUAAGCUACACUUAACUUAGUGAUUUUUAAAGGGAAAUUUCCUUUGCUGGAAUAUAAUUGUGUUCAGAAAGGGAUAGUGGAACAUGUUCUAAUAGCUUUUUCCCACGCUGGUUGCAUUUAUUUUGUGCCCAACAGGCAGGGGGUUGAUCUAUUCCUUUCCGAUUUUAAAGCUAAAAACAUGUCAAGUCACUAGGUGUCUUUUCACUUCCUUUAUUUAAUUCUCUCUUAUCCCUGGCAAAAAACAAACCAACCCUCCACUGUUCAAUUAAAUAAACAUGUCAACAAGCUGAAAACCUAAGAAUGCUGCAUGAGAACAAUUGGAUGAGAAUUUGUUUGCUUCAUCAUUGCAAGUUUUGACUAUGUUUUGAUAUUGCAAAAAACAUUUCACCUUGACAGAACCAUGCAUUAUCCCUGUGAUGAAAACACUGCUUCUCAAAC